AUGUCGUCAUUAGAUGCCGCGCUAGACAUUUUGAGGAGGCUCGAUCCCACGAAGAUCGAAGAAAACCUGAGCCAAUUGAUCAAGUUGGACCCAAAUUUGGCAGAAGAUUUAUUGACUUCGGUAGAUACGCCAUUACAAGUGAAAAAGGACCCACAUUCGUCUCAAAAGGAGUUUCUAACGUGUGAUUAUAAUAGAGAUAUCGACUCUCAUCGCUCGCCAUGGUCCAACCGCUACGUUCCCGAGCUGUCGCCCGAAGAUCUUGCAGAAUCACCAUUCCCCACGGAUUCUGUUCGCCGUACCGAAGUGCUGGCAAAUGACUCGUUCGAUAUCUACAGAGACCUGUACUACGAAGGAGGGGUCUCGUCCGUGUAUUUAUGGGAUCUAGGAGAUGACACUGACGAUUUUGCUGGCGUGGUACUGCUGAAAAAAGGUACUCAAAGUAAAAGCUCCUGGGAUGCAAUUCACGUAUUUGAAGCGCUACAAACCGAAGGUUCAAACCAAUGGGUCUACCGGCUCACCACUACCAUCAUCUUGCAUCUCGAUUCUGGACGUGAAAUGCAUCUUUCGGGGAAUUUGACGCGUCAAACGGAAAAAGAGGUGACACGUCCAGCCAGCGUUUCUGAGAACUCCGAUGCAUUCCGGGUGUGGCACAUUGCUAACUUGGGUGCUCUAGUGGAAGAAGUAGAGUCUCAGAUGCGUAACCAGUUAGAGGUGGUCUACUUCGACAAGACACGUGACAUCUACCGUGAACUUAGAGACUCACAACAAGCUUCAACUGCAAGCUCACGGUCUGCGCAUGAAGAGGUCGUUAAGGGAUUGCAGGGUAUGUGA